AUGAGAAGAAGUCAAAAUACAAUAUCUGAACUUCGGAUUUCAUCUAACUCUACUUUGGUUUUGCAGGAUGAAAUUAAAGAUUUCAUUGUCAAUCACUAUAAGAAUAAGUUUAAUGGUGGAGAGGCUGUCAUUGAUCCAAAUUUGUUUGAGUUUGAUCAUGAAAGAAUCUCAGUCCCUGAGAGUUCUUUUAUGGAUGUUGUGCCAACUCUAGACGAGAGUAAGAGAGCUGUUUUUGACUUGGGAGCGGAUUCGGCGCCUGGCCCAGUUGGUUUCUCAGAUAUUUUGAGUCGUAAUCUCUCUAAAUUAUUGGCUAAUAGAAGUAUGCACAACAUGGUUAGUAAGAAAGGUGUGGCUCCAACACACCUUCUCUUUGCGGAUGAUAUUCUUGUUUUCUGUAGAGGUAAUCUUCAUAGCUUGCAAAAUUUGAAGACUAUGCUUAGUGUCUAUGAGAAGGCUUCAGGCCAGUGCAUAAAUUAUGCGAAGAGCAAAUUUUAUUACGACGGUGGCACUUAUUCUCGGAGUAUUGCUAUUGCUAAUUAUUUGGGCAUGGAAAGAGCCUUAUUUCCAGAUAAAUAUCUGGGAAUUCAAUUGAAGCCUGGCAUUGUGCGACACAUUCAUGUCAGGAAGGUAGUUGAAAAGAUUAUGGACAAGUUGGCUGGUUGGAAGGGUAAACUUUUAUCUUUUCAAGCUAGACUGGUUGAGAGGGCUAUUAGGAAUUUUCUUUGGUCGGGUGAUGCGGAAAAACGGAAGUUCUUUACGGUGUUGUAUGCCAACCCGUGCUGUUCAAGACCUGAAGGUGGUCUAGGCCUCAGAAGAUUGGUUGAUAUUAACAAGGCUAUGCUUAUGAAGUUAUGGAUUUCAAUUCGUGACUCGGACAAGACUUGGGCCAGAUUUUUGAGGGCGAAGUACUUCAAAUUGAAUGGAGUUUUGAUUGAUUACAAACUGGGUUCUACGGUUUUUCCUGGAAUCCGGUGGGUUUAUGAUUUUGUGCAGCAACACACUAGGACAAUUAUAGGUGAUGGCGCUAAUACUUCCUUAUUAUUUGAUAAUUGGCUUGGUGAUUUUUCGAUUGCGAAGAGAUUAGGUAUUACUUCCAAAGGCCCUAAUGACUUUAAGGCUAAGGUUAGUGAUAUUAUUUUUGAUGGUGCUUGGGCUAUUCCUCAAAGCACUAGGGAUUUGAUGGUUCGACUCAAUAUUGAUGUUGGAAACUUGCCUAUUAUUGCUGGGGGCGAUGAUUAUAAGAUUUGGGAUUUAGAUAGCAAAUGGGUCUUCUCAGUUAAAUCUGCAAAGGCUGCCAUUAGAGAGAAUGCGUAA